ACCGCAUCGCAAUGAAAGCUGCGCUGAUGGUACACCUCUUAUUUGCAGCCGUUUUAAUUUCACUUGGAUUAGAAGCCGCACAUUUGAAACACCUUUAUGCAACGCCAAAUACAUCCAGUCCUCUCGAAAUCAAAAAGUUCGUGGAAACACCGGAACCCAUCUGGACCUACAAUUCCACGCUUGCAGUUACCUUCCGUUGUAAGGUAGAUGUUAUGUCAAUAUGCACGGAGAACGUAAUUCAAUUUAACAGGACCUGCUUUGUCCUUCAGCACAAGAAAACGCGUGCCCUGGAAGGAGUGUUCCGACAGGAUCGCAAGGACCAGAUGUUUAUUAGAAUGCUCGGUGGUUGGACUAUAACUGCGGAGCAGCUAGUAUACGUGAAUGAGAAUAACAGUUGCGCCGUCCUCGAACUGUGGCUGCCAUUCCCUGGUAUGAGACCUUGGUAUGAUCUGCGCAUUAAGAAUUCUUCCGUUGUGGAGGGCCCAUCAGAGGAUUGUUCGCUCUACUUCAAUAAAACUGCUGGCGCUGGAAAGCGGCUGUAUUCUAGUGAUUGCCAGGCAAUACUGCAGCAAGCUUCUGUGACACGACGUGAUCCCGUAUGAUUAUCUGAGAAAUAUCCUCAAUGUACUACGCCGUCGCAUUGCAUUGUCUAUCUUGUGGAAGACUGCUAAAAACGAUCGAUCAAU